UUUAAUUUUAUGAAGCCCACGAUACUCCCAGGCUUUCGGUAGAAUCAUUUUAAAGAUUUAAUGUAAAAAUGUAUCCUUUGUGAAAAACAAAAGUGUCAUCAUAAUUAUUUUCCAAUCGCAAGAUAAGCGUCGAAGUAGCGAUAAAGGACGGAACCGUUCCGAUUGGCAUCUCCACAUUAUGAUUACGCUCCCGAAAUGAUGAUCCACCUGAACGGCGGGCGCUGUAGCCGCGACGCAACGGCCGAAGAUAGCCGUCCCGCUCACUCACUCCUCGCGAGAGAUGCGCUCUCUCCUUCUCCCCGCGCGCCCGGCCGCCACUCUCGACCAAUCGGCGGCCAUCUUCUGCUCCCCCGAGAGCAAGCGACAGUGCGUACUCUCAAUUCUCAUCACAAGGAGACACUAUCUCGUCGCGCGAGGUCGUCGGGCGCAGGAGAUGCGUCCUGGAUUUAAAAUACGACCGAAUUUUAACAAGCAGUUUAUUUAAUAGUGUUCAUAUCAUCAUAAUAUAUUUUUUCAUAAGUUUCCUAUUUUCUAAGACGUUGAAUUGUGUUUAAUAUAGAGUGAAAUACUGUAAGUUUGGUGCAACUGGACUUUUCUUUUUGUUUCGGGCAUCAACUGAUAGCGAAAAUUUAUCCACGAUUGGACGCAAACGCGGGCGGUCGUCGCGGGCCAUGCAGGGCGCGGCCAAUGCGCAAGCGCCCCCCGCGGCCGAGCCACCACAAUCACAACAAAUCAAAACGGAGGUCAUCAGCGAGGCGAAAAUUGAUAUGGAAAAACAUAAAGAAGAAAGCGAUUCAAUGCGGGUAGACAAACACGAGCUCAGAGCCAAUCGUACUACGAGCAUUGACAGUGAUAACCGCUCCGAUAGAAGUGAAGAGGAUGAUCUCAGAAGGGCUCGCAAGAGAGCAGCUUCCACCUCACCUUCACCUAUUCCAAUGGACAAGCGAACUGCAAGAUUCGAAUGUCCUAAAUGUCAACAACGCUUCGAUUCUGCGAAUGCGUUCGAUCUCCACCGCUUCACCGCACACGGCGACGAUACAAGAACAGGUUUUGAUGAUCUAACCUUUGUCGACUUUUCCAGCAAGAAGUUCCCAGAAAUUGCCAGAGGAGUCUGCGAACGCAAUCCGCAUAUUUCUAUCACCGAACAACGGUUCCGGUGCGACCUCUGUAGCCGAGAUUUCCCAUGCGGUCAAGCUUUGGAUAUUCACAGAAAAUCAUGCGCUACCACCACAAGACUCCCAAGCCCGGAUCGGGAUCGUCGGGAAGAUUUCUUCGCAAAACUCGACUUGAGAAACUUAAAAUCUUUUGGAAUACCAGGCACGCUUACUCCUCCUAUGGAAAGGUUCACACCAAAGUUUGAUGACGGUCACCUUACUACUAACGGCAUAAGACAUAUUGAUGCUGCAAGGGAUCUCGCUGACAUCCAGUCUAUUUUAAACGUUACAUCCGCUGGUAGUCUUUUAGAAAGACUGACUGGUACCCGGGUGACGAUGGAAAGUGCUGUUUUAACACCUCCGGAUACAAUAGCAAAAGAAAGAGACCAAGAAGAAACUCAAGACAAUUUUGCAGCUGAAUUCAGACGAAUGAAACUUCGAGGAGAAUUUCCUUGUCGUUUAUGUCCUGCCAAGUUCCCAAAUCUACGAGCUUUGAAAGGCCACAACAGAGUACAUCUAAGCGGUACUGGUCCCGGUCCUUAUCAGUGCAAUAUGUGCCCUCAUGCAUCUCUGGAUAAAGCUGCUCUAGUUCGGCACAUGCGCACACAUAAUGGAGACCGACCAUAUGAAUGUGCGGUUUGCAACUACGCUUUUACCACUAAGGCCAACUGCGAAAGACACUUAAGAAAUCGUCAUGCAAAAGUUACUAGAGAGGAUGUCAAGCGUUCCAUAAUUUACCACCCUUCUGAAGAUCCAAACAAUGAUGAGGUCAACUCGAAACUUAAUCGAGAAGAAGUUAAGAGAUCACUUGCUUUCCAUACCCCUGAAAUUGACCGUCGAAAUGAAACAACAGGCCGUGAUACACCGUUGACACAUUUCACGCCUAGCUUCAUUACUGACAGACACCCUGUGUCAGCAUUGACAUCAAAACCUAUACAAGAAGUGCCAACUCUGACUCCAAGAGAACCUGACCAGCCAAUGCCAAGGAUCAAAGUGAAGGGCAUCGGUCAAUUGACGCAGAUACCUGAAUUCCGACCUCCGGAAAUCAACUUCAAGACUAACAAUGCUCAAACGGAUACUUACGAGGAAGAAGCUCCAGUAGAUCUAAGCACAAGCGAUAACAACAGUUGUGACGUACUCGAUCUCAGCAAAAAGAAGCGCGAUGUUGAUGACGAAGAACCUAAAGCACCUCCACGAGCUUCCUUCGAGCGUGAUCCAGCAGCUGCGGCGUCAGCGUUUGAUAAAACAAGAUUACUUUUAGCUCAACAGAGAUUGUUUGAAAACUCGUUCCCUAAAAUUGAUCCCGCUUUCUACGCAACUCAAUUAUCACAGUUAUACGCUGGUGCCAUGCCUGGAUUACCCGGGCUCCCUAUACCGCCUUCCUUUCCGCUCAAUCCUUACUUUCUUCAACCUUCGUUUUUUCCUAACCCAACAGAUUCUCAAGAACUUGCGGAAAUAAAACAACGUAUUCAAAAAGAGAUCAUUCGUGGACUAAGCAUGUCGGGUGGGCGAUUAGUAACUACUGAUCCAGAAACCCAUCCAAAGCAAGAACCUGAGGAAGAAGAGCAGAAAUCUGCACGUGCUUCGAGCACCUCACCUCCUCCAGUUCGCCCUGAGUCUCCGAGACCUUUAUCAAACAGCAUGGUUCCACAAACUGAUUCAGUAAAAAUGGUUAUUAAAAACGGAGUUCUCAUGCCCAAACAGAAACAACGCCGUUAUCGAACGGAGAGACCGUUUUCUUGCUCUCAAUGCUCUGCUCGAUUUACCUUACGUUCAAACAUGGAACGUCAUGUGAAACAACAACAUCCUCAACAUUGGAGUGUAAGACGUCCAGCACCAAGAGCUCCUCCACCAUACCCUACACCUGACACAUUAGCCGAUCGAGUUAAUUUUGCACUAUUAGCUCGCCAUUUAGAAAGACCUUUGCAACAAGUUGACAGAUCUCCUGUUAGAAGGGACUCUGAUGAAGUUGCUGAUAAUGAAGAAGACGAGGAUGAUAAUUUGAUUAUAGACGAAGAACCAGAAGAUCGUAAAGGUGAUGAACACUCUGCGGCUCAUAAAGCAGCCGCUGAAAUCCUAAUGGCAACUAGACAACAAGAGCUGAACAAGGAUUUCGAUUUAAAAAUUGCUGGGAAUUUAAUCAACAAGCCAGUCCCAAUGACUACAGAGAAAACUGAAACAGGAACUGAUCCCAUUACGGUGCCUGAUGAGUCUAAUAUUCCAGUAGUACCAACUAGAAGCGAUGAAGAAGAAGAUGAAGAAGGCCUUGUAGCUUCUACUAGUGAGGGGAACAAUUCUGGAAGCGAUGAAAAUAAAUCUGAGUCGGAUACUGGAAUGCAACCACCAAAAAAACAGUCCGCUUACAGCCUUGCGCCUAACAGAGUAUCCUGUCCAUACUGUCAUCGGAAAUUCCCAUGGUCUUCUUCCCUUCGACGCCACGUCCUGACUCAUACCGGCCAAAAACCUUUUAAGUGUCCUCACUGCCCUCUUCUCUUUACGACUAAAUCUAAUUGCGACCGACAUUUACUGCGCAAGCAUGGAGGAUCAGCAAGAGCAAUUUUGGCAGAACCAAUUCCUGAUGCCGUACCAAGUUCCCAAAAUGCGAAUGAAAAUCGCACAGUCCCAGAAAGACCUUUCAAGUGCGCGUCAUGUCCAACAAGCACAUUUUCUACUAUGGAAGCUUUAAAAAAACACAUGAUAUCGCGACAUGGUGCUAUUGACUCUCAACCAGGAUCACCAAACCCUGAAAAUGAUGAAACAAAUGAAGGUGGUCUGGUAUUCAAAUGUCAUCUCUGUGAAUCGUCUUUCGGAGAUAGGCCUGGAGCUUUAGGACAUUUGGCUUCAACUCACGCUAAUGAAUAUGAACAACUGGUCAGCAAAGGAGCGUUGGACGCUGCUAGCGAUCGAAGCGAAAGCGCUGAUGAUGACGAGAGAGGAAAAUUCCCUGAUCAUGCUAAUAGAAAGGUAGUCUGCGCGUUCUGCAUGCGACGUUUCUGGUCUGCCGAAGAUCUUCGACGCCACAUGCGAACGCACUCCGGCGAACGCCCAUUUGCCUGCGACCUCUGCCGACGGCGAUUCACCCUAAAGCACAGCAUGCUGAGACACAGAAAAAAACACCGUGAGGAAGCCACCGACGACGAAGAGGCGACACCGCCUAAUACGCCGCGAGACGAAUGUGUUACCAACGGAUUUCGCUACCAAGAUGACGACUCCGGCAACGAAAUCCCAAGCAACGUCAACAACAACAACUCUCCGCCUGCUCAUUACGAUAAGAAACUAAAACUCGACAUGACAUCGCGCAAGUACUCUUCAGAAACUGAAAAUGACGGUGAGACCGGCAGUGACCUCAUCGGAAAACUUUUGGGCAUUCCAGACAGCAAACUACUGAACAAACUACUCUCCUCAGCGGAUGAAGCGGCUAAAUUCCUCGGUGUGAACAAAUGAGAGUACGCUAUAGUCCUCGUGACCCCAGCUAGGCUCAUACUAGCGCCACGAGGACUAAAAAUAACAAAUCAGACUCAAACAUCGAACGCAGCUGCUGAUAAACAAUCCUGUACAACGCCAUCUAGCAAGGAGUAGACGCUUUUUUAUUACCAUUUCAAUUAUGGUGCGCAGUUUUCUUCAAUCACUCCUUGUAAAUAUUUUACAUUAGAAUUUUUAUUAUUGCUUAUAAUUAAAAUUAUAAGUUACUAGGUGCCUUUAGCUGCCUUGAAUUGAAGUGUAAACCGUCCUAUUCUGCCUUAGAUAUAAAGCUUUGUGUGGGUAAAUAUCAACGAAUAUUUCUGUAGUGCCAGUUAUGAAGUACAUUUUAUUGUAUUCUUAAUUGUUAAAGGUAGUGUUACUGGUACUCAAGUGUAGGAUAUACUGUAAGGUAAUAUAAUAAAGUAGUAGGUGGUAGUUAUCAUUACAUCAGUAGAUAAAUAGCACGAACUCAUAUCAGUUUUAGAUGCCAGAAUCACGUUUUUUGCAUUUCCAUCUAGUCGUGUCACUAUUUUAUGCACUUCUGUACAUUUUUACCUCUCACUUUAUCCCCAUGUCACUGUCUUAUGACUUUUACUAGAUUUUAAAAAAGGGCUAAGUUAGUGAACGCCACGGGGGGGCUAGUCGUUAUAACUGUAUAACUAUCAAUAAUGUCAAAACCGUACAUCAUGUUUCAUCUUUCCGAUAGCCCUCAUUCAGCCAAAUAUUUAAAUAUUUUGCGAAAAAUCCAAAAUUUUCUAGUCAGUCUCUUAAGAUUUCCCCACGAUUCUAAGCUAAAAUACCAAAAUACCAAUUGUUAACAUGUUAAAAGUCAAGUUUUUGAAAUAAUGUAAUGAUUUGUAACGUAUAAAAUACAUGAAUAAACCUCGUAUUAUAUAAUCCUACCAAUGAUUAGAAUAGCAAAUACUUAUAUAGUGUUUUACAUUUAUACUGCUUUGAUGUUUUUUUAAUACAUAAACUUAAGACGUUAAAUGUAUCCAGUCUUUUUCGCUACUUUGAGAUAUUUUAUCAAAAUACAACAAUGAAAUGACUUCAGACCUUCCUUACGCUUGGGACAGGCAGUGUCAUUUUGUAUUUUCUUUUUUCUACACAUUGUAUUUCUACCAAUCUUUUUCCUUUCUUUCCAGUUUUAAGAUAUGGCUGGUUCAUGUAUGCUACUAGGUAUUAUUAAGGUAUUAAUCGAACGAAAAUGGUAAUUUAAUUUGCUCAAAUACAAGGCAUUUCUUUAAUGACAAAGACUAGUAAUAC